UACACAAAGUGAGGUCAGUGUAAUGGCGGUUGCAACGUUGACCAAAUUGUUUGUAAAUUGUUGUUGUCAUUAUGCAAUUUCAUGUAAUGUGUCGAAGAAGUAAAUAACGAUCAACUCUACAUAUAGAGAGAAGUGUUGGAUAAGUGUCUUAGUUUUGGUGAUUGCCUGUUUUUAUUUUCCCAAAUGUACUCAUUUGUGUGGGAUAAAUUGAAAUCUUGUCUUCGCUUUUAAACGAAAGAAACACGAAACCUCCUCUGUGACGUUCAUGACCUGUAAGGCAAAAUCAUGUCACGACUGGGGGCCAAGACCUACAGCCGAAAACCUGACUGCAAAACCAGUGUUCAAUUUGAUCACCUUUUGUCAGAUAAAGGAAAUAAACCUUCCACAGCAAAAGUGUCGGUUGCUGGAAUUCACAGAUGGGGAAUGACUUCGUUCACAUCUUUGAGAAAAUCGCGAAUCAAUGGACAGAAAGAAGUUUCUGAACCUGUAGAACCAGUGAAACGUAUAAAAUUAGAACCCACUCCUCCAGUUGUGAACACUGAAGAUCCCUUCAGUUUUGGAGCAGAGGGUGAAUUAUCUCCUAACAACAAUGUCCAUUCCCCAAAUUCUUCACUUUCGCCCAGUGGUUUAAAAGCUGAAAGUAAACCUACUGUAUCCAAACCAAAUAAAUUUUUCAAGAGUGGGGGUUCUCGCUUAUUGAAAAGUACAAAUUCAAAAAACAGUGAUUUUGAUGCUUUGAGAUUGUCAGUGCCCCCAAACUUCAAUUCAUUGAAAGCUAAAAAAGAUGCAAGUGAUAAUUUCAUGAAUGUAAAUUCAAAUUAUAAAAACGAAGUGCAACAUGCAUCUGAAGAAUCAUCUACAUGCUUGACCAGCACAACUCCUAAUAUUGUGAACUUGCGGUACUGUGCGAAUAUUCCCAAUACUUGUGCUUCCACAAAAUAUUCUAAUCAGCCUAGCAUACAUUAUAUCAAUUCAUAUAUUCAGCCUGCGGCAUCAGCUGAUACUUCAUCAUCCCGUUCUGCAUUUGAUUCCUUGUUGACACUGGAUUUGUCAAGUAAGUCCAACAAUGAUAAUGUAUCUCAUCAAAUGGAACCUCCAAGUUACUUUGACAAAGAUGCUAUUAAUAAUUUUUCACAGAGUGAUAUUUUAAGUGAUAGUAUUUUGAAUCAUCACCAGACAAACAUUGGAUUUGGAAGUCAGACUUCCAAACAAGAGUCAUCUCAAGAUAGUCUAACUCUUAAAAACUGCAUUACAAAGCAUUCACAGGAAUCUUUAAAUGUCAAUAAAGUAGGAAAAGAUUCAACUGUUGCAACUAAAAGAGAAAAUGAUAACACUGUCACUGAGACUGAUUCUCAAAAAUCAAUCAAUUCUUAUUCUGAGGAGCAGAAUAAUUCUGGAUCCAUUUUUUCAUCAAGCCAAACAAGUACAAUUUCGGAUGGAGCCAUUUCAUCUUCUCAGUCUUCUGAUAGGGUAGACAGUUCUAAUACUUCUUCCAAGUCUCGUCCUAAGAAAAUAUUUAGCUCUUCAUUAAAGUUCAAAGCAGUAUACAAUCAUCGACAUUGGCAUUCUUCUAAGAAAGCAGAAGAGAGUUUUGAAGCACAAGAUGGCAUUUCUUUAGCUGAUGAAUUUGAGGAAGAAAUGUCCAAAGAAAAUUUUAACGAUACUUUAGUUAGUGAAGUUUCAUACUCAUCCUCUGGGGAUGUUAGGUCUUUCAAGUGUCCCAAAGAAUCCAAAGAGUUUUAUACUGUUGUGAAAAAUGUAAAGCAAGCUUAUCAGUGUCAUGAGUCUGGUGAAACUCAAGAAUUCAAUGACGAUAUUGAAUAUUUAUUAGAAUGUGUUCAGGAAAAUAAUGCUAUAGGUACCAGAUGUUUGAGUGUUCUGAAUCUGGCUACAAAGUGCAUGGGCCCUGCCUUUCGUAUUCAUCUCCGUGCUCAUGGAACAAUGCCGAAAAUAUUUAGUGCCUUAAAAGAUGCUCCAAAUGAUCCGAAUCUGGCAUUGUGCACAGCAACGCUAAUGUUUGUUUUAAGUCAGGAUCGGCUUACAAUGGACAUAGAAGCUAGCACGUUAUCUCUUAUGCUACAGUUGUUGGAGACAGAUCCUGAGAUGAGAAAUCCAGAGAAGGAGAUUGAUUUGAUUCUGAAAGAUCCUGCAUUAUGCGCUAUGCAAGAUAAACAUAGAGAAAAAGUGUAUUCACUGUGUGAAGAAAUGCAACAAAAGGGUCAUGCUAAGCAUCUGAAACUAGAUAAUAUAAAUACGGGUAUUUUAGCUAUGGAAACAUUACUAAGUUUGACUUCAAGAAAAGCUGGUGAAUGGUUUAAAGAAGAAAUGAGAACACUUCGUGGUUUAGAUAGAAUUGUUGAUACUGUGACUUCAUCUACGGAAUUAUUAAUUCCUGAUGAAAAACAAGUUAUCAGUUUACCCACAGAUGUACAGCUGGAUAAAAUCAGAAAAAUUGAUCGCUGUUUAAGAGUCUUAGAAAAUGUGACACAUAUGAAUGCAGAAAAUCAAGAGUACCUGUUUAAUUACAAGAAUUCUUCUUUAAUUUUGUCUUGCUUGAACUUAAUGAAACUCUGCAAAUUUCAUUUACUUGAGCAAAAACCCAUUGAAAUAGACAUUACUACAGAUGAACCUUCGCAGAAAAAUGGGAAAGAAGAAUCUCCUCUUCUUUCAUGUUUGUUGAAUCUUCUAAAAAUACUUAGCAACAUAACUUACCGAAUUCCUCUGAAUGAUGCUCACUUCUCAUCAGAAGAUGGCUUAAUGGAUCAAAUACUUAUACUAAUACUACAAGUACCUAGAGCUGUGCCUGUGGAAAAAAGAUUUGAUCUUCUUGUUUUAUCUCUGGGACUUAUGAUCAACCUUGUUGAAUACUGCCCUGAAAAUAGUGCCAAGUUUAUAAAUAUGUGUGGUAUAGGUUCUUUUGAUACAGUUAAUGAUGGUUUUGAGAUGCCUGCCACUGAAGCUCUUAUUGAACUUAUGCUGUCAAGAUUGGAUGCAGCCAGAUUAUCCGAAGAACAAGCUGAUGAGCUUCUUAGUACACAAGAAGAAAAACAUGCUGCAUUCAUAGAAAAGAAGGAUGUAGAAACUGCAGCUGAUGAUUUAGAGGAAACUUUAAUGAAAACACUCCAAAAAGCUGGCAAGCACAUGGAACACAGUAUUAUUGCAGCAUAUAUAGUUAUUUUAUUAGGUUGUGUUGCUCAAAAAAAUCCAGAUUUUGCUGAUGUUAUGAAAGAUUAUCUUCCUGAUGGAAAAUUUGAUGUCAUGGUUGAUGUUCUGAAAAAAUUUAAGAGCUUUGUAACUUUAACUGGUUCAGUUGGCAAUCGAGAAUUAGCUUCUAUCCAGAGAGUGAUCCAAGUCUUGGAAUCCAGCUAACAGGGACGAACUCUUCAUUUUCUUUAUAAAGAUUGUUAUCCACAUCUGAGAGAGAUAAAUGGCUUGUUGAUUUUGCCAUAUAUUUAAUUCAUUCAUUGGAACAUUCACUACUUAUUGAAUGACCAGAGGUUUGGAUAAAGGAUAUAUGGUAUCCUGAAUUUUAAUUUAAUUAGUGGAAACUGUAUUAACCUAGUAGCACUCACUACACAAUGUGUUGAUAUUCAUCAUACAGCAAGAAGGGUUGCUUGACCAUUUCUCUGUAUCUAAUAAAAACCAUUGCAUCCAUAUUGUACAAUGCAUUUUAAAUUAUUUAAUGACUUGGCUGAAAUUGGCUUUUACUUUUUAAUACUCAUUAAUAGGUUUCAUUGUUCAACUUGACUGCAUGUACAUUGUUGAUCAGCUUUUUGAACUAAACAAUUUUAGAUACUGUAUAAAAUAUCUUUACUUUUUCUUAAGCCUGCUGUCCAAUUUUAAGACAGAUGCACUUUUUUUCAUCGAAGAGCAUAAACUGAAAAGCUGCCUUUGUGAAAAAAAAAUUACAUCAUGAGAUUAAAAGGGUGUAUGUAGUUGGUUUUAGUCCAUUCACUGUAUAUGAACAUACUUGUAUAGAGACCAAAUUAUUGUCAAGUAUGCUGGAUGUUUGAAAAUCCUAGCAUUAAUGUGAAGACUGUGCCUAAGCAAAACUUCAUUAUCUGGAAGAUUUAGUUUUGUUAAGAUUGUAAAUAUUAUCGUCUGAAAAUUCAUUAAUUAACUACAUAGAAUGAGUUAUCAUCAGAUUCUAAAGAAUAAUAAUCAUUGCACUUUUUAUUCCAUUUUUAAUGCAUAUAUUUUUCAGCUUUUGUGCACCAUUAGUUAUUUUCAUUCUGUUUUAUUUUAUUUAAAAGUACAAUAACAUUAAAAUGUUUAUCAUACUUAUCAUGAGUGUAUGUGUGUGUGUGUUUGUAUGUGUGAUAUUUUAUAACAUAUAUAAAUAAUAAAAAGCACGGGGAUUUGCUGUAGUCCAAAGAUUUGCUUUCAUUUUGUACAAAGGAAUUUGUUCAUUUUGUGUGCUCAUGUUGAAUUUUAUAUUGUGUUAAGACAAAACUGUUGAUUUGUGAUAUUCAUUUGUUGAAUAAAUAAAUUGGCUCAGGCUUCCCUGGAAACUACUUUAAAACAAGUAGUAAUGACUUGAUAGAAUUAUCCAUUAAUGACCAAUUUGAUUGUUAAUAAAAAUAAUAAUGUUAGAAUUAUAAAUUAGUUAAACUACUUACUCUUCAUCCUAAAUAAAAUUUCAGAGGAAUAUUUCAUUGUGCACUUUUAUUGUAUCCACACAAAAAAAGGCAGGAGUUUUUCUUUCAUUGUAAAACUUUGUAAUUUUAUUUUUCAUUACACAUUUUAUGAUUUAAUCAUUAGAAAGUAUUCGGCGAUAAAUUAAUAUCUCAGUUGCAUGCAUAUCUUGCAAACAUUGUUAUACAGCAAGGAGCAAUAAUCAGUAUUUUAAAUAAAUUUGUUGACAAGUGAAAAAAUUUCCCCUAUACAGAUAUAUGUCUAAAUGAAUGUAACAUUCUUAUAAUAAUUUGAAAUUCAUUUGCAUUUAAACUUUGUCAUAGCAAGCAGUAUUCAUAAGUUCUUUCUAAACCAAAUUUGCCUAAUAAGCAAUUUUGGAAUGUCAUAUGCAAAUGUAUUGUGAUAUAUAUUUUCAUGCCUUAAAGUAUCUGAAAGUUUCUUAAAUACUUCAUAUCUUCAGUGAAAUCCAAUUUUUUUACAUUAUGUGCUUUUAAAUGGAUUUGUCUGUAAAAUAAUAGUGAAGGAAAGUAUGAAUGACUGUGACAAUUUUUUUUUUUUUUUUUUUUUUUUUUUUUUUUUUUAAAUUAGUGAGUUUAUAUUGUGUAGUGGGAUGUAUAUUGUACAGUGAAAUUUGCCUCCAAGGAAUAAUAUUGUGUUUGAUGAAAACUUCUUUCGACUAUGCAAAAUAUAAUUAUACUCUAGCAAGUUAUGUGAUAUUUCUGAGAUAUUUUGUCUGUGAGUGGUUCUAAUAUGUUUCAAAUAAAUGAAUAUUAUCUAAAAGAUAAAUAUUAUUUAUUAAUUGAAGAUCCAAAAUAAACAUUAAUUUUUUUUCUUUAAAAAUAGUUUUUUAUAUUUUGAAUUAAAAAUUCUAUCUAUUCUGUUAUGAAUUUCAGGUUUUCAUUGGAUUUUAAUUUCCUUCAUCAGAUAAAACUUAUGUGGAAGAUUUCAUAGUUUUUUUUUUUUUUACAUCUUUUUUAGUUAUAAUUAAUUUGAUAAAUUUCUACAUCUUUGGAAUUGAAAGUUUGUAGAAUUUCAAAUUGUCUUUAAAGCUUAAAAACAAUUAAAACUUUCAUUGAAAAAAAAUCAUUUUGCAGUAUGUAAGCCAAGAAGUGUCGAAUCUUGAGCAAUAAUAUGCAUUGUGCUUGUUUGUGUAUGAAAGACUUGAUCAAGAUUAAACUUCCACAAAAAUUUAUGUAGCUUGUAUUUGUUCAAGAAACAAGAUGAAAUAUUUUAUUUUAAAUUGACAAAUAUAUUUACUUUUUUAUAUACUUAUUAACUUAAAUAUAAUGGGUAGUUGUAUAACUUUUGUGUAAUUCAAGUUAUAAACAAUUGAAUGUAAAAACUUAUUUCCUGUUAAUAUCACUCUAUUCUUAUCAAACUGAAGAUCCACUUCUUUAAAUGUUACCAUUUUUUUUUUUUUAAAGAAACAACAACAAAAUGCAGAAAAGACAUAAAAGAAUAUAUAAUAAAUAUUAUGUUGUUUUGUGUAUGUGUAUAUUCGUUUGGAGAUUUGAAAUUUCAUUUUGCUGUGUUAAAAAAAAAUUAAUGAAUAUUCAUUAAUAUUAUAUUGUUGAUUUACAUUUAUAAUCUUGAAAUUUUUUUUUGUUUAUUAUAAGCACUAUUAAAUUACACUUAUAUUUGUUUAUUUAAUCCGAGCAAUUUUUUUUAAACAAAAAAAGCACUACAUUUUAGCUCUUUUCCUGUUCCUUCAUUAAAUGUAUGUUGUGUAUGUGAAAAAUUUAGCAUUGAAAUCUGUUGAUAAUAAUGCACUUUUUUGAUACUUCAUAAGAUGCAUUGUAUAUUUAUUCAUUGGUUGAGUUUAAAUAUAUAUGAUAUAUACAUAAAUGUUGUCAGCAUGUUAUAUAAACCCCAUCGAAACAUUUUGGAAAAGUGAUUAUAUAAAUAUUUGAAAUAUUAAUUCAGCAGCAUAUUAUGAUUUCUUUCUUUUUUUAUAAUAAAAUGGUAUGGAAGUCCUCUAAUUUAACCAGAUAUAUUCUAGAUUAUUUUUGUGCUGUAAUUAACUUGUUCGUUUUAUUUAAAAU